AUGGGACUUUUAAUCCAUGACUUGGACCACGGGAACAGCAAGUCACGUUUCCGCGCUCAGCUCUGGAUCAUUUUGAUAACUCUCGCAGGCAAAAUCGCUCCAACCAGUUCCGAUGCCCUCCUCAGUUCCUCACCGGUGACGGCCAAUCCCUCACCGCCUGCCGUCUACCUGCCAGCCAGCUUCAAGAUGUCCAACGUACAGCUGGCCUUCUUUUUGCGAGAGGCGGCUCAGCCGUCAGGGCGCAACCUGGGCGGGAUCGGCGGAAGUCCGGGCGGCGGACACCCGCUGCAGCGUUCGGAGAGUUUUGUGGUUUUCCAGACAAAGGAGCUGCCAGCGGUCAACAUUAGCUUAGGGCCUUUUGCCCGUGACCAGACGCUGUCCAAGGAGUUGCUCCAGCCGACCAGCACGCUGGACAUCCCCGGCCAGCUGACGGUCAACUGGAAGGUCCGCGCCUUCAUCGUCCAGUCACGGGUGUUUUCCAACAACCCCACUGUGCAGGUGUUCUUCUACAUUGCCGGCCGUGAUUGGGAUGACUUCAAAGCCCAGGACACACUGCCUUGUGUACGCCUGCACGCCUUCCGAGACGUACGGGAGAUUAAGACCUCGUGCCGCAUGAAAGGCAACUUAGCGCAGUGCUUGGCCCAGAUGGAACUGCCGGCCUCCUGGUUCAACGCCAACGUGGCCCCGCUGGGCCGCCGCAAGGGCUCCGGCGGGGACGGGCUUUUAGACGGGAUGGCCGGCGAGACCCUGCAGGCCGAGCUUUACUACACUCUGCACGAGCCCGAUGCGGAUGGCGACUGUGACGAGUCGACGAGCCGCCGUGGUGCCCGUGGGGAGGCGCCGUCGCAGCACCCUCUCUUGCGCAUCGGAAGCAUCAGCCUGUAUCAGGCCAGCCAGGAGCAGCUUCUGGUGGACAAGCAGCUAGACAAGAACAUGUUCCUCAGGCUGCCCGAGAAGCCCCUCAAGCCCGGGGAGACCCUCAGGAUCUUCUUGUACUUGAUGCCCAACUCCACUGUGGAACAGUUCAGCCUCAAGGUGAAAGCAAAGAAAGGGGUGAACUUGAUCCAGACCAAGUCGAAGAACGCCCAGUGGAAGGUGGACUGGGAGGUUUUGUCUGGUGCCAAGCAUUCCAUUACCACCAUUAAUGUGAACAAGAACAAAGCAGUGAAGCAAGGGGAGUUGGUGGACAACGCCGAAGUAAUGCAGUUGGACUUUGAGAUGGAGAACUUCACCAGCCUGUCGGUGACGCGACGAAUCAACUGGAACAUCGACUACAAGGGACAGAGCCCCGCCCUCGAGUCGGAGAAGGUGGUCACCGAGCUAACUGUGGUCCAGCGGGACAUACAGGCCAUACUGCCCUUGGCCAUGGACACGGAAAUCAUCAACACGGCCAUCCUGACCGGUCGCACGGUAGCCAUCCCCGUCAAGAUGGUGUCCAUCGAGAUGAACGGCGCCGUCACAGACGUGUCCGCAUUCGUGCAGUGCAAGUCGGCCAACGAGGACAUCGUGAAGGUCUCCGUGAAUUGCGACUAUGUGUUUGUCAACGGCAAGGAGACAAGAGGCUCGAUGAACGCCAGGGUCAUCUUCAGCUAUGAGCACCUGAGCGCUCCUCUGGAGCUCACCGUCUGGGUGCCCAAGCUCCCCCUGUGGGUGGAACUGUCUGACAACAACCUGAGCUUCAUCAAAGGGUGGAGGGUCCCCAUUCUGCCUGACCGCAGGAGCACGAGGGACAGCGAGGCGGACGAAGAUGAGGACGACCGCCGGGUUAGCCGUGGCUGCACGCUGCAGUACCAGAGGGCACUGGUCAAAGUGCUGACGCAGUUCCACACCACGUCCAGUGAAGGCACUGACCAAGUCAUCACCAUGCUGGGGCCCGACUGGCGGGUAGAUGUCACCGACCUGGUCCAGGACUCGCUCAAGGUGGCCGAUCCGCGCGUCGCCGAGCUGGUGGACAGGACGGUUCUAGUGGGCCUGGAGCUAGGAUCCACCGUCUUAAAGGUGGACUCUCCUCUAGCAGUGGACGCGUCGCUGGGCCAGGCGGCCUUCUCCGUCACCGACGACAAAGUCUCCAUCAGCCAGCUGCGCGUUCACGCCAUCUCAGGCUUGAGCCUGUCGCUGCAGCCCAGCCCCGGCAACAGCCACACCAUGGUCGCCAAGGCGACCGGCCUCCAGACGCUCGGCGCUCCCAAGCAGGAAGCCAGCUUGUCUGUGUGGAUGCUCUUUAGCGACAACACGGCCGCCACGCUCUCCUACUUUGACCCCAAGGACUACAACUUCAACGCUUCCACUCUGGACGACAAGGUGGUCACCGUGUCCCAGGAGCCUCAGCAGCGUUGGCCCGUGGUGGUGGCGGAGGGCGAAGGCUCCGGAGAGCUGGUGCGCGUGGAGAUGACCAUUGGCGAAGCCUGCCAGAAAACCAAGCGCAAGAGCGUCAUCGCUUCGGCGUCCGUCUACGUCAGGGUGCGUUUCGGCCCCGAGGAGGACGACUCAGAUGAAGAGGUGACAACCGAGAGCGAGGUGGAGCCCCCUCCUGUCACCGGACGGCCGGCGGCCGAUUCCGACCCCGGUGGGAGAAUUUACGAGACAUCCAACGAGCAACCGGCCAGUGUUCCCAUCGACUACACCAACUUUCCCACGGCGGGCAACCGGGAGCAACCCACGGAAAUGGACGAUGAAGAGGAAGAGGAUGAGGAGGAAGAUGACUUCAUACACUCGCCCCGUAACAUGACAGACCUGGAAAUUGGCAUGUACGCCCUCUUGGGGGUCUUCUGUCUCGCCAUCCUGGUGUUCCUCAUCAACUGCAUCGUCUUCGUGCUCAAGUACCGUCACAAGCGCAUCCCGCCCGAGGGCCAGGUCAACAUGGACCACUCGCACCACUGGGUCUUCCUCGGCAACGGCCAGCCUCUGAGAGCCCAGUGCGACCUGUCUCCACAGCAGGUGGACAGUCCCACCAACCCCCUGGAUGGCGUCCAGACGUGCUGCCACGGGGACCACCACAGCAGCGGCAGUUCGCAGACCAGCGUCCAGAGCCAGGUGCACGGACGCGGCGACGGCAGCUCCGGCGGCUCGGCCAAGGAGAGCGGAGAAGAGGCCAGCUCGCCGACAUCCAAACGCAAGCGGGUUAAGUUCACCACCUUCACCACACUGCCCACCGAGGACCUGCCCUACAACUCCAUCCCCGUUGCCGAUGAGGAGGACAUCCAGUGGGUGUGUCAGGACAUGGGAUUCCAAGACCCCGAGGAACUGCACGACUACAUGCGCAGAAUAAAAGAAAUCGCCUGA